GUUGUUUUCCCAGUAUUCUCCAUUUUGAGUGUGGUGUUCGUACAUUUUGUUGUAUCUAUUAUCUUUGUUAUUGUCUUCCCCUCCACACCAUUUCCCCCUCUGUUUUCCCACAGUUACCGCCCUGGCACGUGGACCCCUGACCCAAAACACCGCAUCCCCAUCGCGACCUCGAAGACUCGAUCAUCCCUCCGCUGGAACUGUGUGUCACAACCCGUUCUUUUCCCCCCGGGGUUGCCUUAUCGACUCUUCUUUUACUUCCCCUCUUUAGGCCCGCCCAUCUCGGGUCAGUGUCGACAUGGCGUCAUCUGGCCCUAACACCAUCAAGGUGGUUGCGAGGUUUCGACCACAGAAUAAAAUCGAACUGUCCUCGGGAGGCACACCCAUCGUCGAGUUCCAGAAUGAGCAGUCAUGUACAGUCACGUCCAGAGAAGGCAGCGGUGCCUUCACCUUCGACCGUGUGUUUCCCAUGGGCACCGAACAGACCGACGUCUUCGAUUUCUCCAUCCGACCGACCGUCGACGACAUCCUGAAUGGCUACAACGGGACCGUCUUCGCCUACGGUCAGACCGGUGCCGGUAAAUCGUACACGAUGAUGGGGUCCGACAUCGACGACGACAUGGGCAAGGGUCUCAUCCCGCGAAUCGUCGAGCAGAUCUUCGCCAGCAUCCUCAUCAGCCCCAGCAAUAUCGAGUACACCGUCCGCGUCAGCUAUAUGGAGAUCUACAUGGAACGGAUCCGCGAUCUGUUGGUCCCGCACAACGACAACCUGCCCGUCCACGAGGAGAAGUCCCGCGGUGUCUAUGUGAAGGGUCUGCUCGAGGUCUAUGUGUCCAGCGUCCAGGAGGUUUACGAGGUCAUGCGACGCGGUGAUGCGGCGAGAGCGGUGGCCGCGACCAACAUGAACCAGGAGUCGUCCCGAUCCCACUCUAUCUUCGUCAUCACCGUCACCCAAAAGAAUCUGGAGACAGGCUCCGCCAAGAGCGGUCAGCUGUUCCUGGUCGAUUUGGCCGGUAGUGAAAAGGUCGGCAAGACCGGUGCCAGUGGUCAGACGCUGGAGGAGGCCAAGAAGAUCAACAAGAGUCUGAGCGCCCUGGGCAUGGUCAUCAAUGCCCUCACGGACGGCAAAUCCUCGCACGUUCCCUACCGUGACUCCAAACUCACUCGUAUCCUCCAAGAAAGUUUGGGAGGUAACUCGAGGACCACCUUGAUCAUCAACUGCUCGCCCAGCAGCUACAACGAUGCGGAGACCGUCUCGACCCUGCGCUUCGGUGUGCGCGCCAAGGCCAUCAAGAACAAGGCGAAGGUCAACGCUGAGCUGAGUCCGGCGGAGUUGAAGAUGCUGCUCCGCAAGGCGCAGACCCAGGCCACCAGUUUCGAAACCUACAUUUCCGCCCUGGAGUCCGAAGUCACCGUGUGGCGCAAGGGCGAAAACGUCCCCAAGGAACGAUGGACCCCCGCGCGCGGUUUGGAGUUGGUGGGUGUGGCCAAGGCCGAGGCCCGUCCGCCGCGACCCAGCACCCCGUCCCGACUGCAGGACGCGACGCGGUCCGAAACCCCGCGCCCGGAUUCGCGCAUUGGCGAUCGCUCCAGCACGCCCAGCCUGGUGCUCGAGAAGGACGAGCGGGAGGAGUUUCUCCGGCGCGAGAACGAACUGCAGGAUCAGAUUGCCGAGAAAGAAUCGCACAUUGCCAACGUGGAACGGGGACUGCUCGACGCCCGGGAGGAGCUUCGCUCGAUGAAGGAGAACUCCGCGCGCUCGGGCAAGGACAACGACAAGCUCAACACGGAGAUCAACGAGCUGCGGAUGCACUUGGAGAAGGUGACCUACGAGAGUAAGGAGGCCUCCAUCACCAUGGACAGCCUCCGGGAAGCCAACGGGGAACUCACGACGGAGCUCGACGACGUCAAGCAGCAGCUGCUCGAUGUGCGGAUGAAGGCCAAGGAGACGACCGCCGCGCUCGACGAGAAGGAGAAGAAGAAGGCCGAGAAGAUGGCCAAGAUGAUGGCUGGGUUUGACCUGGGCGGCGACGUCUUCUCCGACAACGAACGGAAACUCCAGGACCUCAUCCAGCGCGUGGAUGCGCUCCACAGUGUCAGCGAAGCCGGCGAAACGAUCGCCCCCGAUGAUAUCGUGGAACUGCGGGCGAGCCUGUUGGAGACCAAGGGAUUCAUCCGGCAGGCCGAGCUCACGAUGAACGACCGCGGGGAGCUGAGCGAGCUGCAGGACAGCCGGCGGGCGGAUCUCGAGCAGAAGUUGGACGAUCUCAAGCGCGAGUACGAGCAGCUGCUGGAGCGGACCCUGGGCGAGGAGGACACGGGCGAGAUCCGGGACCGCCUGGAGAAGGUGUACAUCACGCGCAAGGAGGCCGAGAUGCAGGCGGUGACGGAGCUCCGCGAGGAGAUUGGCCGCAAGGACGAGGAGCUGCAGAAGCUGCGGCAGUCCCUGGCCGAUUCGCAGUCGCGCGUGUCGACCAACGGGGCGGCGGGCAAGAACCUGCAGCAGCAGAUCUCCGAGUUCGACGCCAUGAAGAAGUCCCUGAUGCGGGACCUCCAGAACCGCUGCGAGCGCGUGGUCGAGCUGGAGAUCUCGCUGGACGACGCCCGGGAGCAGUACAACAACGUGCUGCGGUCGUCGAACAACCGCGCCCAGCAGAAGAAGAUGGCCUUCCUCGAGCGGAACCUCGAGCAGCUGACCCACGUGCAGCGACAGCUGGUCGAGCAGAACAGCAGUUUGAAAAAAGAGGUUGCGAUCGCUGAGCGGAAGCUCAUUGCCCGCAAUGAGCGUAUUGCUAGCUUGGAAGGCCUGCUCCAGGAGAGCCAGGAGAAACUCACCCAAGCGAACCACCGUUUUGAAGCUCAACUCACCGCGGUCAAGGAGAGACUGGAGGCUGCAAAACAAGGCUCCACCAGGGGUCUUCCAACUAUGGAUAGCGGCGGCGGUUUCAGUUUUGGCGGCUCGCGAAUUGCGAAGCCGCUUCGGGGCGGCGGCGGAGGAUCCGAGAGCAGUGCUCCGGUUGCUGGAGUCCAGUCGCAGGAGACGGGCAAACGCACGAGCUGGUUUUUCGAUCGACGAUGAUCCACGAUUUCUCUUCUGUUGUCUUUUCUAUCCAUUCUUCGAAAAUACUUGAUCGCAAUUCUCCUUUCCUGUUCAUCUGUUUUUUUUUUUUUUUUU